AUGCCCGGAACAGUCCUAAUCACAGGCGCCAACGGCUCCCUAGCCCUCGGCUUCGUCGAAUCCUUCCUCGAACUAUACCCCCAGCACACCCUCAUCGCCACAGUCAGAAACCCAUCCCCAGACAAAGACCCCAACACCGCGAAACUGGCACAACUCAUAUCCAAAUACCCCUCUGCAGAUGUCCACGUCGAAGGCCUCGAUCUCGGCAGUCUGGCAGCCGUGCGUUCCUUUGCCGAUACCCUCGCCGCCCGCAUCUCCUCCAAGGAACUGCCGCCCAUCUCAGCGAUCAUCUGUAACGCCUUCACGUGGUCGCUUGGUUCCGGACAGAGGUUUACCUCUGAUGGACUUGAGGCGACCUUUCAGAUUGGGCAUUUGGCGCAUUACCUGCUUGUUCUGAAGUUGCUUGGGAGUAUGGAUGCAGACUCGGGUCGCAUUGUGAUGCUUGGGUCGAACGCGCAUUAUCCGGAGAGACCGAAUCCGUUGACCUCACUACGGCCUGAAGUGCCGGAGGAUAUUGAGGAGCUUGUUAAACCGAAACCUGAUCCAUCGCAUCUCGUUCAUGAUAGGGGGUUUCAGCGGUAUGGGACGGCUAAGCUGGCGAAUGUUAUCUUCAUGGAAGACCUCAACCGAAGGCUACAAAGCGACCCGAAGCUCUCAAAUAUCAGAGUAACAGCCAUAGACCCCGGUGGCCUCGUCGAGUCAAGAGCCCAGAGUGAGCAGAAAGCAACGGUGCAGCGUCUGUUCGCCGUCGUCAAGUUUCUGAUGCCUGUUCUGAAACAUCUGACAACAGCAUUGCGCACCAACAAAGACUCGGGCCGGGAUCUUGUCGCUCUCAGCCUGGACCCGGGCUUCCAGGGCAAACGCGGUUACUUUGUUGGGCAGAAGAGGGACACAGCGGCCAAAGUGGCUGGUGAUGUUGAGGUGCAAAGGAGGCUAUGGGAGGCGUGCUGGAGAUGGGCUGGGCUGAGCCAGGAUGAGACGGUUCUUGGUAGGUGA